AUGCAAAACUCAACUUUUCAGUUUACUCUUGAUCGUCCUUUUGGUAUUUAUUUUUAUGAUUAUUUUGUGAAAGCGUACACUUUAGCAACGGGAAACGACCCAAAUAAUUUUGCGUUUAUUGAGGGAGUUACUACAUUUUCUACUAGAUAUGAAGUUGUAAUUGCGAUUGUUACAUAUCUCGCUGUCAUAUUUGGAGGGAGACUACUUAUGAGAAAUUUUCCAGUUAUCAAACUUCAAUUUAUUUUCCAACUUCACAAUCUUUUGUUGACAUUAUCUUCUCUAGCACUUUUGAUACUAUUCGUGGAACAACUGAUUCCAAUAGUAGUUCGUGAAGGAAUUUUUCAUUCCGUAUGUCACCAAGACGCAUGGACUCAACGAUUAGAGUUGUUAUAUUAUCUUAAUUAUCUAGUAAAGUAUUGGGAACUUGCCGACACUGUCUUUUUAGUAUUAAAGAAAAAGAAUCUUGAAUUCUUACACGUUUAUCAUCAUAGUAUGACGAUGGCUUUGUGUUUCUCGCAAUUGGAAGGUAGAACCUCAGUGUCAUGGGUUCCAAUUACUCUUAAUCUCUUGGUUCAUGUGUUUAUGUAUUAUUAUUAUUUUCGAACCGCAGGAGGGGCAAAAAUUUGGUGGAAAAAAUAUAUUACAACAUUGCAAAUAACUCAAUUCGUAAUUGAUUUGUUCUUCGUAUACUUUUGUUCUUAUACAUAUUUCACUGCUACUUACUGGGAUUGGAUGCCAAAUUAUGGUUCAUGUGCUGGAAGUGAAAGUGCUGCUAUUUUUGGAUGUUGGAUUUUGAGUAGUUAUUUACUUUUAUUCAUCGGAUUUUAUAAUAAAACUUAUAGUAAUAAGAAAGGAGUAACCGCAACAAAAGGAGCAAAAGUUGAAUAA